AGUUUGCACUGUGGAUUAAAAGAAGCUUUCACGCUCCUUUCCCACCCCCUUCCAAUCCCAUUCUGUACACUUUUCUUUACUCCAUAUAUAUAUAUAUACACACACACACACAUACACACCCGAUACUUCUUUUUUCCCAUCCUCUAGAUCUCUUUUUUGAAACUUAAAAGCAAGGAAACCUGAAAACAGAUAAACUCCUCGGAGAAAUGGCAAGAGGGGCAGGCGUUUUUCUGUGUUUCUUGAUCGUAGUCAUGGAUGGGGCAGCUGGGUAUCUUGGCAUCAGGGCUGAAAGUGAACAAAACAAGGUUAAGCACUUGAAAUUGUGGAUAUUCGAGUGCAGAGAACCAAGCCAUGAAGCUUUCCUGUUGGGGUUAGGUGCAGCAGCACUUUUGGCAAUAGCCCAUGUUAUAGCCAAUAUGCUUGGUGGCUGCGACUGCCUUUGUUCUCAACAAGAGUUUGCAAAGGCUCCUCCCAAUAGACAACUCUCAGUGGCUUGCCUCAUUCUAACUUGGAUUGUGAUGGCCGUUGGAAUGUUCAUGCUGGUGAUAGGAGCUUUGUCCAACAACAAGUCAAAGGAUUCGUGUGGUUUCUCACACCAUCAUUUUCUGUCCAUUGGAGGGGUUGUGUGCUUUGUUCAUGCCUUGUUCUCUGUAGCAUAUUACGUUUCUGCAAAUGCCUCUGUUGAUUAGUGACGCUGACUAGGAUACAUCUGGAGUCCACUAUUAUCUGCUUUUGUGUUUUGGCUUCUUUCCUAUCCUUUAGAUGUUGAUGUUACUUUAUGGACUGUCCAUUUCUAUGCUACUUUCACCGAAAGAAAAGAAACCUGCGACCGUUUCUGAGGCCACCAAAGACCAAACUGCUCUUCCCAGUGUAAAUGUGUGAUUAUUACAGAUGGUGGUCAUUUUUUUUUUUGGCUUUUCUUCCCGCAAAUUUAUCUUCAUAGCACAGUCAUAGAGAUAGUGCUUACUUUACCUUUGUAUUCUUUUUCCUUUUUUAAGCAAUUAGUCACUUAG